CCCUGCGACCUUCCCGAGCAUCAGCGUGUUCAUCGUGUUGAAUAGCAGUCCAUCCCAGCAUUCCAGCUCUCGGAGUCAGUGCACAAGUCUAGUCCCCAACUUCGCUACACACAUCUCUCUUGCUCCUUGCUCCACGCUUACCUCAAGCUUCCAGGAAUGGCUUCGUACCAGAGCAACCAGGACGCCGUCGCCAAGCAGGCUGAAGAUGCCAAGCAUACUGGGCAGCGCAAGGCCGGCGAGGCCCAGCAAGCCACCAAGGAUGCUGCCGGAGCUGCCCAAGACAAGGCGCACGACGCAGCGGGAGCGGCAGGCGACAAGGCCAACGAAGCUGGCAACGUAGCCGGGGAGAAAUGGGAGCAGACGAAACACGGUGCUUCCGAUGCUGCUGGUGCGGCGCAGGGCAAGGCAAAUGAAGCUGGAGGCGCGGCUGGCGAGAAAUGGGAGCAGGCGAAGCAGGGUGCCGCCGAUGCCGCCGGUGCUACGCAGGACAAGGCAAGCGAAGUAGCAGGAGCAGCUGGCGACAAGGCUUCGCAAGCCGGUGACGUGGCUGGCGAGAAGUGGGAUCAGACGAAGCAAGCGUCAUCGGAAGCCGCACAAGCGGCAUCCGACAAAGCGGCGGAGGCGAAGGAUAGCGCAGGCGGUUUGUUGCAACAGGCAGGGAAUGCAGUGAGCAAUGCCUACCAGAGCGUGAAGGAGGCAGUGACUCCGAAGCAGUAGACAGGGAAUGUGGUAGAGACGGGAUGUGGGUGGAGGGUAGGGUCCUGUGUGGAUGUGAAUAAUGUACAGAGAGAUGAUUCGAUUGGAUAAUACAAUUGUGAGUUUCACACAUCUGGAUGCCUGAAGUG